AUGAGGAAGAGAAAAAAUAAGUUACGUGCGUUUUGUGGAGUAAAUUCUACAUUGGAACAAUACAGUUUCAAUUUUUCUCAAGUGACAGAGAGGUAUUACAUUGAUAAAAAAUUCAAACUUUCUUAUUGCAAAGUUCCAAAAGCCGGAAGUUCCUUGUGGACGCAAAUUUUUAUGAUUCUGCGAACUGGCCCUCGACAGAAUUCAAAAAAGAUAAAUGAAAUAGUGAAAGAGAGUAGAAACAACCUUCAUGGAAUUAAGCCAUUCUUUUCUUCGAUACCUACUGAAGGAAACAGCACUACAUCUAUAAUUAUGUCCAGGAAUCCUUAUUCCAGACUGUUCUCAGCAUUUAUUGACAAGAUCUAUUUGAUGGAUAAGUUUGAAAUUACAAAGAAAAUCUCUCUGCACUAUGGAAAAUCGAAGUCAUUGUGUGGAUACAAAGUAACCUUUCAGGAGUUUCUAGAUUUUGUUGUCAGUCAAGCAUCAAAAGGAUGUAAAAUAAACAGACACUGGGCACCAAUCUACUUGCUAUGUCGUCCGUGUGACGUCAGGUAUGACAUCAUAACAAAAAUCGAAACCCUUACAGAAGAUUUAAACUUUAUAUUUAAUCAUUCGAAAGUUUCCAGAUCCAAAAAGGAUAUCAUUUUGAAUGUGACAAAAUAUAAAUCAGAUCUUUUUGGAGUAUUAAAUACAUAUUUGUCACACUGGAAAAGGAAUCGAUUAGAGUGUCCAAACUUAAAAGAAUACUUGUUUAGGAUAUGGAGAGCAUUACAACAUCAGGGAGAACUGAAAUACGAGCUGCCGUUUCCUUCAAAUGCAUUUUCAUCUGUGUUGACAAAAAAUCCAGAUGUGAACAUUAUCAUCAAUGUUUUCGUAAAAUAUGUUGAGAAACAUAGGCCAAAAGCAGAGGAGAGAAGAGUGCAGCGAAGAAGAACAUUGACCGAAGCAUACAGAGGUAUCAAGAAGUCCACAAUAAGGAAAAUGCAGGAAUUAUACAAACUGGACUUUCUAUUAUUUCAGUAUGAAAUGACACCACCGGAUUAG